CCUGCUUCGACGCUUCUCGUGCUUUCUUCCCCUGUUUGCGAUUUCUACAAGGCAUUUACGUUCUCCCUUCUCCUGAAAACUAGAUGGUCGCUCUGCCGCUGGCAAUAGAACCCCCGGCGACGGUGGAAGCGCAGAGAUCGAUGCCUACGCCCUUCUUGGCGAAGACGUAUCAGCUUGUUGACGACCCGACGAUCGAUGAUGUGAUCUCAUGGAACGAUGACGGAUCGACGUUCGUCGUAUGGAAGCCAGUUGAGUUUGCACGCGAUCUGCUUCCCAAAUACUUCAAGCACAAUAACUUCUCAAGUUUCGUCCGGCAGCUGAAUACCUAUGGCUUUAAGAAGAUUGUCCCGGAUCGAUGGGAGUUCUCGAAUGAUUCAUUCAAGAGAGGAAAGAAGUGGCUGCUCUGCGAGAUUAACCGGCGGAAGAUGGCCACACCGGUGGUAUCGGCGGUAGCGCUAGAGGCGGCUCCGGUGAACAGGUAAAAUUGAUAGCGAUACACGCAUUUUGAAAGAAAAAAGCGUAAUAUUUUACUCGUUCAAAUUUUUAAUUGCAUAUCAGUGUAUCACCAACUAAAAAUGCUUCGUUUAAAAUUUAUUGGAAGAUAUUUAUUUUUUCAUUAAUUAUGAAUAAAGACUGUGUCAGGAUAUCCUCAUCAUUUAGAAUUUAUUGAAUUUACCCUGGGAUUAUGCUGAGAUUCGUUUGAUUCAGAUUAUCAUAUAUAAUACAAGUUU